AGCGACACACGCGUCAUUGCGUAAUCGCUCUGCUGCCCGCUGCGAGCGCGCAAAUUGGAAAUAACGGCGCGAUUGUCCGAGUGUAUCACCUGUCUCACGGUCUCUGUUUACCUUCACAUCUGCUCGCAGACAGCUCUCGGGAGAGGAGCAGAUCUUUCUGCUGACCGCAGCACCUUGGAGGGAAGCACCAACCCCUCCCUCCCUCGCUCUUUUUCACAUCAUCGCCAUCCCACAACAGCCGGAGGAGAGGAGUCGGGGAGGGGAAAGCGAGGACACACCCGCACCUACUGUACACAGCCAGGAUGCUGCAGACAUGAGGUGAUCACCAUCCGCUGUCCCACUUUGGAAAUUCGUCUUUUUCCCACCUCCUGCUGCGAAAACGGAUUAGCUGUCUUCACAUCAGAACAGCGUCCAUCCAGCAGGAGCGUCAGCGACAUCAGGGGAUGGAAAAGAUGACUGCAGCCGCACCCUAGGUGUCACCCUGCGGCCGUCGGGUCAUCACGGUGUCGGACCCUCUCCCUUUCCUGCCCCCUACCUGCAGUCGCCCAGUCUGCAGGAGUCAUUGAAAAGUGCAGUCGCCCUCCCCCUGCAGAAUGACUGUAGCCACUGGCGACCCCUCAGACGAGGCGGCGGCACACCCGGGUCACCCACAGGACUACGACCCCGAGGCAGACCAUGAGUGCUGCGAGAGAGUGGUCAUCAACAUCUCAGGACUGCGCUUCGAGACUCAACUCAAGACCCUCUCACAGUUCCCGGACACUCUUCUGGGAGACCCCAAAAAGAGGAUGCGCUACUUUGACCCCCUCAGAAACGAAUACUUCUUUGACCGAAACAGACCCAGUUUUGACGCUAUAUUGUAUUACUAUCAGUCAGGGGGGAGGUUAAGAAGGCCGGUCAACGUCACCCUGGAUAUUUUCUCCGAAGAGAUUCGCUUCUACGAGCUGGGCGAGGAAGCCAUCGAGAUGUUCAGAGAAGACGAAGGCUUCAUCAAGGAGGAGGAGCGGCCGCUGCCCGAAAACGAGUUUCAAAGACAAGUGUGGCUGCUCUUCGAGUACCCAGAGAGCUCAGGUCCUGCCAGGAUUAUCGCCAUAAUCUCUGUGAUGGUUAUCCUCAUAUCAAUCGUCAGCUUCUGCUUGGAGACCCUCCCAAUAUUCCGCAACGAUGAGGAUGACAUGCACAAAUCUCAAGCGCAAGUCUUUUCACCGGAGACCAACAGCACAAUCAUCAGCUACACGUCCACUUACUUCACCGACCCGUUCUUCAUCCUAGAGACUCUUUGCAUUAUAUGGUUUUCUUUUGAGUUCCUCGUGCGCUUCUUUGCCUGUCCCAGCAAGGCAGGAUUUUUUGGUAAUAUCAUGAACAUCAUCGAUAUCGUCGCGAUCAUCCCAUACUUCAUCACUCUCGGCACGGAGCUGGCGGACCGACCGGAGGAUGGGCAGGCCGGCCAGCAAGCCAUGUCUUUAGCAAUACUCAGGGUCAUCCGCUUGGUGCGAGUCUUCAGAAUUUUCAAACUAUCCCGUCACUCCAAGGGGCUCCAGAUUCUGGGUCAAACCCUCAAAGCCAGCAUGAGAGAGCUGGGCCUGCUCAUUUUCUUCCUCUUCAUCGGGGUGAUUUUGUUUUCCAGCGCGGUUUACUUUGCUGAAGCCGAUGAGCCAGAGUCUCAGUUCGAGAGCAUCCCUGACGCGUUUUGGUGGGCCGUGGUUUCCAUGACCACAGUCGGCUAUGGGGACAUGGUGCCGACAACGAUUGGCGGGAAAAUCGUAGGUUCUCUUUGUGCCAUCGCUGGUGUGCUGACCAUCGCUCUUCCUGUGCCUGUCAUCGUGUCAAACUUCAACUACUUCUAUCAUCGUGAGACGGAAGGAGAAGAGCAAGCCCAGUACCUGCAGGUCAACGUCCCCAAGACGGACUCGGCCGAGGAGCUCAAGAAGAGCCGGAGCGCUUCCACCAUCAGUAAAUCAGACUACAUGGAGAUCCAGGAGGCCGUGAACAACAGCAACGAGGACUUCCAGGAGGAAAACCACAAGACGGCCAAUUGCACACUGGCCAACACAAACUAUGUUAAUAUCACCAAGAUGCUCACUGACGUGUAGUCAACUGAAAUCCUAAUGGAAAAAGUCGAGCAACCUCCUGCCUCUUUCGUGCAGGGUAUAUCAAGGCAAUAGAAUUCAGUAUUCAGCGAUAGCAGACACUGACAAUAGACAGUUUGCUCACUUCCUUGCUUCUCCUGACCUCCUGUCUCACCCCUGAUAGCUGUCAAACAGAGUAAAUGGAUUCCUGCAUGUAGUUUGCUUUUCGUUGUGAUGCUGUUCAAAGAUCUAGAAACUAUAAGAUUUUCAACAGUAGCUCUGCGUGGUGCACAAAAAAAUGCAGUAACUAAGAAGAAAUUGUUGCUAUAGCAAAGCCCUCGCUUCUCCAGACCCUCCAGUCCCAUAUUUUCCGAAACAUAUUGCACAUUUUUGGUGAGACAUAUGCUGCUUUCUGGAGCCAAUGCAACACAACAGACUUAACGGACAUGCGAGCGUGAAACAAGUCCACUCCUGCGCUGUUAUGGCCGGCGGGCGACUUGUAACAAGGUUGGUGGUUAAGCACACCAGAUUAUUUCAAGGAUGGAUGACAGCCCUCAGCGCUAAGCUUGUGGCUCGACACCUUUUCUUUCCCAGUAGGCAUCAGUAUCUGAUGAAUGACUGAGGAUGGCCUUGACUUUAAAACUGCGUUGGUCGUACAAACUGUACUGUAUAUUGCAAUGCAAGCUUUCACCUGAACCAUUCACCAAAACUGGUCUUACCGCAAAGCUUUGAGGACAACUUGAAUGUUUUUUUACACUUCCCCACUCAGUACUUCUAGAUAAUAUCAGUAGGUAAGUACUGUUUAGAGCCAGUAGUAGUCUGUAGAUGACUGCAUGUUUGUUUUGUAUGGAUGAGAAGUUUCCACUUAUUUCUCAACUGCCACUUGCCUCAUGACAUCACUGUAUAUGUCUCUUCACUGCCUUCAACACGAAUAGACUCUUUUUAAAAGGACGCCUGCAGGUAGCUGUUACACCAACUGAAACUUAAUAAUGAAUAAGAGUAAGGCGAGCAUUUUGUUCUAAGAAGCAAGCAAGCCGGGGAAACCCAUACGCUACACAACUUUGAAAAAAAAACAGGCAGAUAUUUCAAAGUCUUUCACCAAAUACUUGAAUGCAAGAGCGCUAUACAGGAGGUGAAAUGGUGAGGUGACAAAAAAAGGCCAGCCCAGUACCCAAAGUUGAUACCCUUGUACACCUUGUGUGGCCAUUUUGGGAGCACCACCUGUUGUUGGGUGAGCUCAAACAGCCAUAAACAUACAAAGAAAUGAGGGUAGACACUUCCCUACUGUCGACUGUAUCUGGGACACCAUGUUGUCCUCCCUACUCCUCAACAUUGUGCCGCCAAAAACGCCCUCUCAGCACACACCCGCACAGCUGUUCCUGCUCACCCUGAACUGGGCAACGGAAGUAAGUUUGGAUGACUAUUGCUGAAAUUUGCUGUGUUUGUUUUUGCUUCUACAAUGCACAUUAACAGAUUGCUCUGCUGAGAGUCAGCAAAAUGGCUCGCAUAUGACUUUCCUCCUCAGAAUCGUGUACCAAACAAUGGACUUAAUGGACACUACAACCAGGUAGAUCUGAAACAGAUUUAUCAAGCCCAGUUAUUUAUAGUUGUGGCUGUGGUCCUUUCCAACACGUCUAACAAACCAUGGACAGUCAAAGACAAACCCCUUGAGGGACUAUCCCAGAAGUGAAAGGACCAACCACUCAUGAAGGCUUAAGCAUUUGUGCUCUCGCUGUCUUAGCUGGAAAUAUGCUUGAUGUAUGUGAGGCAGAUGAUUGGGUAACUUAUGUGUGCUUGAUUGGUCAGAACAAAAACCUGCACCACUUUAGUCAUUCGAGCGCAAAGUUGAAGACCCCUGCUCUAAAGUGCCGGCAAAUAUUUUCCUGGAAAUUAUUAUAAUAUAAACUGUGGGGGAAAUACUUCUGAAAUAAUUUCUAAAAAAUCUUUCACAUAGUUGUGUAGCGUAUGGAACACGUGACUUAUCUAACUUUAAAACAAAUGGGUAAACACUGAGAUUUAUCUCAAUUGAAUAGAUUUUUCAAACAUAGAAAAAACAAUUACAGCAUGUUGAAAACAUCGUUCCAUGAGCAAAAUUUUGUACUUGGUUUCAAAUGCCAAGUAAAGUCUUAAAGAACAGCGCUUUGCUCCAACUGCCUUUAUUUGAAUUUAUCUCUUACUGUUGCAUGACAACUAAAACAUUCCUUGAAGCAUGCAUUUUAAAAUCAAUGCCUUUCCCCAGAUAUAUUUAUAAAAAAUAAACACAAUAAACACAGCAGAAAAAGCAAACCUUGAGGUGAAUACUUUCAGAUAAUAUAAAUAAAUAUCUGGUUCCAGUAAAACUGAAGAAUUUUCUGGAUGAGGUGUCACUAUCAGUUAAGAACUGAUUUGUGUAUAUUUGCUUUAAAAACAUGACAUGAUGUUUUGUUUUUUAGGUGUUUGGAAGACACAGCCAGUCUUUGAAAAUAGCAGUGAAUGUGAACAAGGUUGUUAUUGGCAGGUUGUGGUGCAGCUGAGACUCUCCGCCGUGACUCGCCACUGCCAGGGCAACGGUCCGGGCGGCGAGCUCAUUAUUGGAAGUGUUCAUUAGCAGCAGCAGUGUAGCAGAACUUGGCUGAAUAUCUUUCCACUGCACUUUCCGAGACCAAAAAGAGUGAUGGAUUUUGAAGCUUUUCAUAGGAUGAGCUUAGAAAAACAAUGUUAUUUCUGGUUCAUUGUGUUUCGCCAUCCCUGCCAAUAAUUUCUCAGGAUUCCUCAUCAAACUGCCGAUAAUGAGGCUUCUGAAGUCUUUUAUGUGUCCACACCUUUUUAAUGUUGGCAUGGAUGGGCUGGAAAAUGAGUCUUGUCGGAGAAUGAGGUUGGAUUUGUUUGCAAUAUUCAGAUGAAUUUGUUAAGGACUGACCACUCACUACAAACAAAAAAGGUAACAAACUACCCAUGUUGUUUGUACAGGUGUUAUUUAGCAAAGCAAUUUGUUUUCAAGAUAUAGGAGGAAAUGCAAUAACCAACUGCUGGCUUCUCUUUGUGGAAGUGAUAACAAAGACUGAGUUUGUAUUGAGGGAGGGGAAAACGCAAACACAGAAGAGUUUCGACAAGCUCUAUUUAAACCAAAAGACAGAGGAAAAAAUUCAAUGCUAGGUGGAUACACAACCGUUUCCAACAAACAGAAAGGCGGUGUUUUGCAGGGUCUUAAACCUUAUCAGGUGAACACAAGCAGGCAGGGCAGAGUCAGGCAGACGUGAGAAAAAGCUUUAAAAAUGAAACUAUUAAGACCCCGUCCUAUAAAGACCAACCAGUGCAAGCUUAAGAUCUAGUUAUGCAAAUUGUUAAACUGUACUAAAUGUAACCAAGUGAGAACACCGUGAACAUUCUUUUUUUCUUCUGGUUUUCCAAAGCAUGAAUGACUUGAUAUGUUGGAAUAUUUUUGCCAACUUCCCCAAAUCUAGUUGAAUUACAAAGAGGCUAACUGAAAAGCUCAAAGUUUUGUUGACAGAAACGUGAAACAUGAAAUUGACUUGGGAGUCAGAUUUGGGAGCGUGAUGACUAAAUGUCAGUAGCUACUUUAUCUGUCCAGGUACCUUCGCCUCGAAAGAUAAAUCAAAAGUUGUUUGACAAUUUAUGAGAAAAUCAUGUAGUGAGUGGGAAGCAUCAGGUAUGAGAUGAUUACUUUCACACGGUGACGUUACCGCGCUGUGGAUUGGAGUGUUUUUGUAUAGAACAAUGUACAUCGACACCUGGUGGUCCAGCUGCAAGACCAAAAAUAUCCAUCUAUGCAUGCUUUGUGUUCUCAUUGUGUGUAAACUAAACAUGAGUAACGUGACAUAAGUCGAGUAAGCUCAGCAAAUUCCACUGUAGCAAUGAGCAGGUGGCCGGUGACCAUUUAAGGUUUGCAGCACAAAGUUCUGAAGACUCUUAAUAAAGGAUCUGAGAGUUACUUUAAGAAGCACUUGUCACCUGCAGAGGAGCUCAUUGGGGAGGAAACCUUUAAAGGAGAUUCAACAGUCUAUGCAGAGGUUAAAUGUUUGGAAGAGGAAGAUAAUUCAGUCGAUCCAGAGCGUUCAGAAAAUGCAGCUUUGAAGCAAAAAGAGCUGACUUUGCAAUAUCUGUCUGAUGUGCGUCACUGCUGGACUGAAUGUGAAUAGAAAUGUUUUUUUUUUUUGUUUUUGUUUUUUGUGAUGUAAUCCCUUCCUGGUGGGAAUAAGACGAACAAUAUGCAAACUGUGUGCAUGUUUGUGUUUCUGACAGAAUGUCAAGUUUUGUUAUCACAGUUGUCACUGACAAGAUGUACAGCCCGACAACCCCCUCCGUAUCAUAGACCUGAGAACAUCCAUCCAUAUGGGGACACUGGAUACUGAAUUUUCUUUCUAUGAAAUGAACCAAGAACAAAUCAUCUACAUUAAAGGAAAAAAAGAAGGAUGGAACCAUGUACUAUAUACUGUAUGUGACAUUUGGAUCUUUAAAAAUAGUAUUAUCUGCACUUUAUGACUGAAAAAAGGACAAUCUAAUGGACAAGAAAUACUCAUUAUCUUGAAGAUAUCUCUGGAAAUAACAACAAUGAAGCCAAUAAUAACUCA